CUUGUGUCGAACAUCUCACGAACGACCACCCACCUCCUCUUUCUGUCGACGGAGGUCACCCAUUCAGUCCGUGGUGUGUUCGAACAAGACUGAUAACGACAAAGGUCACUGGCUCACUCCAACCUUUAAAACGAUUUGCGGGAAGAAGAUACGGCUUUGGUUGGCAAAAUCGAAGGUAUAGCCCAUUGUUGCCUCUGUGUUCUGCCAUGUGCAGUCAUGGGCAAUGUCUGGCUCGCCGCAAUUAAGGCUGUGUAACGUUCUGGGUCUGUGUGGCUGCAGGUUUGCGUUUCCAUAUUGGAUAUAUCUGGAGUACAAGUGAAGAAUGAUUACUAGAUUACCAACUAGGUUAUUGAAUAUAUGUAUAGCUUGUUUUUGUAAAGCUCAACAAUUGGAGAAAGCGGAAGCCGUUAUAAUUGAUGCAAUAAGACUAGGAGUAUUACCAGAUGUGGUUACUUACAAUACACUGGUUUCUACCUAUUGUCGUCUUGUUGGCAUUGAUGCGGCCUAUUCAAUUCUUUAUAGAAUGAGAGAAGCUGGGAUAAACCCAGAUGUUAUUACAUAUAAUUCCUUGAUAGCUGGUGCUGCCAAGCAUUGCUCAUUAUCGAGAUCUCUGGAUCUGUUUGAUGAAAUGCUUCAAAUGGGCAUUCCUCCUGAUGUCUGGAGUUACAAUACUUUAAUGCAUUGCUUUUUUAAAGUAGGAAAGCCAGAUGAGGCAAACAGGGUUUUCCGGGAUAUUAUUUUGAGCAAUCUUUCUCCCUGUGCGGCUACAUAUAACAUUGUGAUUAAUGGACUUUGUAAAAAUGGGUAUACCGGUAAUGCCUUCAUGUUAUUCAGGAAUUUGCAACAUCAUGGAUUUAUUCCUCAAUUAGUGACAUACAAUAUUCUUAUUAAUGGGCUUUGCAAGUCGGGCAGGUUGGGGGCAGCAAGAAGGAUUCUGAAAGAGCUUGGGGAAUCAGGUAAUGUGCCAAAUGCCAUUUCUUAUACUACGGUGAUGAAAUGCUGCUUUAGAUCUAGGAAGUUUGAACAAGGGCUUGAGAUCUUCGCUGAGAUGAAGAGCAAAGGAUAUACAUUUGAUGCCUUCACAUACUGUACAGCUAUUGGUGCUUUAGUUAAAAUUGGUAGAAUAAAGGAGGCAAAUGAAUGCAUAGAGCAGAUGGUUAAGAAUGGCAUAGAGCUUGAUAUAGUGUCUUAUAACACACUGAUUAAUUUGUAUUGUAAGGAAGGUAAGUUUGAAGAUGCAUAUAUGUUGCUGGAUGAGAUAGAAAAAGGUGGGUUAGAAUGUGACAAAUAUACCCACACAAUUCUAAUUGAUGGAUUGUGCAAAGCGGGUAAUAUUGAUGGGGCUUUGCAACAUUUGAAGUGUAUGGAUAGAUUGGAUUCAAACUUGGUUGCUUAUAAUUGCUUUAUUGAUGGGCUGUGUAAAUCUGGUCAUAUUGAUUACGCAAUGAGGGUUUUUGAAUCAAUGGAGGUGAAGGAUUCUUUUACCUACACCUCCUUGGUGCACAAUCUUUGCAAGGUAAGAAGAUUCCACUCUGCAUCUAAGCUCCUUCUAUCUUGUAUAAGAGGUGGCAUGAAAAUACUUAAGUCGACCCAACGGGCUGUUCUUCGUGGUCUUCGUUCUUCAGGAUUUUCAAGACAAGCAAAGAGACUCAAGUCGAAAAUUCGAUUGGCUAAGAUUUUGCAUUGUUGAUUUGGUUAUGACGUUUUGACUACAUAGAAUUGGGAACAACUUUCUACUUUAUUUAGCAUAAUUUGAAGGACCCUUCAUAAAUGAAGGUCAAUAGAUAUGAUCCACCUUCUUGUUGUACAGUUCAGUUGAGUUGGGGAAUCCUUGUACAAUGUUGCAGACUGAUAUUUUGGGACAGGGGUGGUGAAAGGCAUUAAGGAUGCACUAACAUAUUGAGGGGUGGAAUUAGGGGACCCAGUGACCAGUAUGCAUGAAAGACUAAGCUCAUCCUGUGGUGUGUCUUAGAAUAUCUGUCACAUUGGGAUGAUCGGCGAGAUUAUGUGCAAUAAAUUUCAGCCACAUCAGCUUAUUUAGUAAUGAUUUGUGGAGUUCAUCUAAUAUCUCAAGCAAAUGCCAAGCAGAAUUUUGAUGAAAUUCUUGAAGCACAUGUAAAAUUGACUUCUGAACUACGUCCAACUGAUCUGGUGUGUGCCUUUUUCUUUUGUUGUUUUUCCACAUUUGUCAAGCAUCUUUCUGGCCAUGCAACUAAAAUAUUGCUUGUAAUCAUUUUAAUGCUCAUACAAUUGUUAUACCUUUAAGUGAUGUAUGCAAAUACUGAAUUGGUUUGACCAUGGUUUUACUUGAAGAUGACUUGAUAUAGGCUGCAGAAUAAUUUUCAACUUAU